UUUAUGUAUGUUGUCAUUGUCAAAAUAAAUUGUCAAUCUGAUAUUUUGCGAGGAUUCGAUUUUUGUUGUGUAGACCGUAUUACAAUUACGUAAAAAAUGUCUUAUCGCUUUGGCACCUACAUUAAAGAACUAAGAAUUCAUUUAUGCCAAACAAGCAAACAUUCUGAAGGUGUGAGGAACUUCAUACAAAAGUACUAUGUUAACCUUAAAAAAGACAACCCUGGCUUCCCAAUAUUGAUUCGUGAGUGCAGCGGUGUACAGCCGCGAAUCUGGGCUCGAUAUGAAAAAGGAGCAGAACGCAGCAUGUCUCUCACUGACCAGAACGCUGAUAAUGUUCUCUCAGCUGUCAAACAGCUAGUAAAAUAAAUUAUGUUGUUAUAUUAUAUUUAUGUUAAUAAAAAUAAUUAGUUAAUAGCAAA